UGAACUUUGCAAUGCUUAGGGAUGCAAAAGCUCAUUCGUCGAAGCCCUUCGGUCCCCAUCCUCUGCACUUCAGCUAACCCUUCUCCUUGGGGCCUUAACAUUAGCAAGAACGAGAAGAACGGCUACGAAAAGGACAACGGCGGCUCUCUCUUCAACCUUUCCUCUUUCCGCCCACGACCCACAAUGCCCACUUCCUCUGCCUUCCAUCUCCACCUCUCUCCCACCGUUUCUCUUCACAAAAAGCCCAGUUUAACCUCUGCCGCCAACGCUUGCUUUGCUUCAAGCAGCUCUGGUAGCUUUUGCCGCUGCUCUCUUGAUUCUGAAAACCCAGGAAGAGCCUGGGUCGUCUUAAAAAAAGGGCAUUCCGCUUUUGGGUCUGCUUGGUUCCACACCAAGACAGAAGGUGGACUUCCUCUGGUGGUUGCCGAGAGCUCAAAGAGCUCUGAGAACAGCGUGUCUUGCGGUGUUGGUGGCUCUAAUGAAGGAGGAAAAGAAGUAUCUUCGGUUAACGCUGAAUCUCGACCGUUACGGUUCCAGAAGAGGCAGAAGGGUAGUUCUAGUUCUGCUUCUGCUCUGCCUGGGAACCCUGACCUCUUGACGAUUCCUGGAGUUGGGCCUCGGAAUUUGAGGAAAUUGGUUGAUAAGGGUAUAGCCGGAGUCUCCGAGCUCAAGCAGCUAUACAGAGACAAGUUUUUUGGAAAGUCUAGUCAGAAGAUGGUCGAGUAUUUACAGAGUUCUGUAGGGAUAAUUCACAAAAGUCACGCUGAGAGCAUAACUUCUUAUAUUAAGGAAAGCAUGGAUGAAGAGUUAAAUGAAGAAAGCCCAAACUUGGAAGAGAAGCCUGCCCAGAAGAAACGGCUCACUUUCUGUGUUGAAGGAAAUAUUAGCGUUGGAAAGACCACUUUCCUUCAGAGGAUAGCGAAUGAAACACUCGAGCUACGUGAUCUUGUUGAGAUUGUUCCAGAGCCUAUAUCCAAGUGGCAGGAUGUAGGUCCUGAUCAUUUCAAUAUAUUGGAUGCUUUCUAUGCCGAGCCACAGAGGUAUGCCUAUACCUUCCAGAAUUAUGUGUUUGUGACAAGGGUCAUGCAGGAAAAAGAAUCUGCUGGUGGGGUUAAACCCCUUAGAUUGAUGGAAAGGAGUAUAUUCAGUGAUAGGAUGGUAUUUGUACGAGCUGUUCAUGAAGCAAACUGGAUGAGUGAGAUGGAGAUCAACAUAUAUGACUCGUGGUUUGAUCCAGUUGUUUCAUGUCUGCCUGGGCUUAUCCCUGAUGGAUUCAUCUAUCUUAGAGCUAGCCCCGACACAUGUCAUAAACGAAUGCUGGUUCGCAAGAGAGCGGAGGAGAGUGGGGUUAGUCUGGAUUAUCUGCGUGACUUGCAUGAAAAGCAUGAAAGCUGGCUAUUCCCCUCCCAAAGUGGCAAUCAUGGUGUUUUAUCUGUUAGUCAGUUACCCCACCAUAUGGACAGCUCUUUACAUUCUGUUAUAAAGGAUCGUAUUUUCUAUUUGGAGGGUGAUCAUAUGCAUUCAAGCAUUCAAAAGGUCCCAGCUUUGGUGUUGGACUGUGAACCGAACAUUGAUUUCAGCAAGGACAUUGAAGCCAAGAGACAGUAUGCUCGCCAGGUGGCAGAGUUCUUUGAGUUUGUGAAGAAAAAGAAAGAAGUUCCAUCUGCAAAACCUGGUGACAAAGCAAAGAAUUCAAGCCAACAAGUGCUGCUGCCUCAUAAUGGUGGACUUUGGGUACCUGAAGGUAACCAUAUCCCAGAGUCUUCCCUAAAAUCUCUGGAUUUUAGACGAGCUAUGUCGUCAUUCCUGUCUGCCUAGUCUGUGCUCUCUCUAGAGUCCUUUUCCUGGCUGCUGUGAAUAAGGCGGUGGUUGUAUCUGACUAGUCUGAGCUCUACUUUAAGCUCUCUUAGCAUGUAAAAAGUGUCUUUUCUCACAUAUAGACCCGGUUUUGGAUUGUUGAACAGAAACUUCUUGUUGACCCAGUAAC